GUGCUUCCGGUUGAAAAUGUCGAACCUGUCACAGUUGUGAAUCAGAAGACAAUUAGAUGCUUCUUCACAAUCUAGACUAGACAAUACAAACAUGAAGAGUCGUGUCUCUUAAGAAGACAGAAGUGUGUGCUGUGUUGCAAAGGACACAACAGAAUUCGCGGAAACAAUAUAUGUAUAACCAUGUGUUAACGGCGAAGAAUCACAAGAUAGAUAAAUGCUGCAAACAUAUCUGCCAAUGAAAACAGCUGUCACCACUGUGCUGAUGUAUGAUUAUUUCUCAUGACACAGCCUGUAUUAAAGAAUUAUGUCCUAACAAAUCUCCAGUAACAGCAUGGUAUCAUCAAUAGAAUAAUAAAGCUGAUCUCUCACGAGCUGCUUGUUAAACAGCGAGGGGACAGGAGUCCACACACAACAACUGGUGUGGCACGCAACAGCUCACAGGUCACACAUCUACACUUCCAUAAAUGCCAAAUUGGCCUCUCCGAGUGAUCAAAAUGUCUAUGAACAAGAGGAAGAAGACUCUCUUCUCCGGCUUCCUCCUAAUAGGACUUGUGUAUACAAUCGUGCAACUGACGUACUAUCAACAGGCCUACAGCCCAUUACGGGUGUUGCCUAAUGCUGAGAGCGAGGCAAGGCGUUUAUUGAAGUUUAUCACGCUCUAUCACUAUCAGUGCAACACCACGAUAGGCAGUGGAAACGGCACAGCGUGGAAGCUGUGUGCUGAACCGGAUGUUGGAGUUAAUAUCGAUUCCACUCUUCCAAAAGUAGCUUAUUCCAUAGGGCCAAUGUGGGACUAUGGAUUUGAGACCCUACUUUCCAAAAACUAUUCAUUUCAACAAUAUAUAUUCAUGCAUUACUCCAUUCCUGUAGCCCUAAGAAAAUUAAAUGGCACUCAUAUCUUCAAGACAGUGAUUGUUCCAAAUGAUCCCGCCGACUUCGGUCGUAAUUCAUAUGACACUCAGACAGUGAACAGUAUUACCAUGAAGCUGGGCCACACCCACAUCGAUAUUGUGAAACUGGAGGGCUACCUGGACAUGAGCGAUUCACAUGAAGUCUUGUUCUUCCUCGUCAAAGACAAUCUUCUCAGGAAUGUGCAGCAGCUUCACAUCGUUCUAGACAUAGACAAGAUAGAUGAUGACUACCUGUACAACUGGUAUCGCAGCCUGUACGUGUUGUUCCACGAGGCAGGCUUCCGGCUGUACCACUCGUCCGCGUCCGACCACCUGUGUCUUCAGGUCACCAUGAUGGAGUCCUGUCGCUACUUCAUGUCCUGGGUGAAAAACCCUGGACCCAGAACAUUUAUACUCUACCCCCCAGCCAUUGAUGGAUCAUAUGAGCUAGAAGAAAAGCGGAUAUUGGAUUUCCUGGAACCAAGGGAGCCUAGUUGUCAUGACAACACAGAGUUCAUGGUUACUGGCACUAAUGCUAUUUCUAUCUGUGUUGACAUGAUUCAGAAGAAAUCUCAGCAGCCAUGCAACAUUUUCAUUUUCGGUGACAAGGCAGUGGCCCCACCAUCCUCCCUGUCCGUCUUCAAGUCGUGUACAGUCACCACCAUUUUGCCGAUCAAAACUCACGAUGGUCUCGACUUCAAAGUCAGGUCACACGGUCCUCGUGACAAAACAUCUUCCCAGUCCGAAGUGACAGUGUCUUUAUCUGACCUGGUGUCGCAACAUCUAAAUGCCAGGCACAUCAACAUCAUCUACAUCUCUCUCCCACACCUCUUCUGGGACAUCAUCACCGCCAUGCUGGAUAUGGGAGCUCUCGAGCUUGUGGAUCAGAUCACCUCCGACAUUGUUGUGUUCGACUCUCUCACUGAAAGUAGUCCCAUGGACAUCCGCAGGAAGUACAGCGAACUCAAGAGAAUUGAAGCCUACAAGUUGAAACUGUACGAGAUUACAAAGUUUACCACCAAGACUCUGUACUUCCAGCAACAGAAGUCCUUAUUUGGAGCCUGCUGUUACAGAGUGUCGUUUAUCAAGUCCAGCUUUUGAAACAGACUUGGUUAUAUUGGGCAGGUGGAUGAUUCUUAUGUCAUCACAAACUCAUAUAUUUAUUGGUAUUACCUGAUCGCGGUUUUGUUGUCAGUCGUAAUUUCUUGCCAAAAGUACAUUACACAGCACCACUCUCCUCAUAAUGAAUAAAGCACAUUUGCAGCAGUACCCAUGGUACAGAUUGGACAAGAGAAUAUUAGAGUCAUCCACUGACUUAAUAGCUUCUGCAAAUCUCAUGAAUCCCCUAAAAUGAUUACCAUGGUACUUGACAGUCACGUGAAGCUUGACAGUUCAUGUCAACUCCGACAGGGUCCUCCAGAGCACCUGCAGGUCAUGUGAACUCCGACAGGCACCUCCAGAGCACCUGCAGGUCAUGUGAACUCCGACAGGCACCUCCAGAGCACCUGCAGGUCAUGUGAACUACGACAGGGUCCUCCAGAGCACCUGCAGGUCAUGUGAACUCCGACAGGCUCCUCCAGAGAACCUUCAGGUCAUGUGAACUCCGACAGGGUCCUCCAGAGCACCUGCAGGUCAUGUGAACUCUGACUGGCUCCUCCAGAGCAUCUGCAGGUCAUGUGAACUCUGACAGGGUCCUCCAGAGCACCUGCAGGUCAUGUGAACUCCGACAGGGGCCUCCAGAGCACCUGCAGGUCAUGUGAACUCCGACAGGGGCCUCAAGGGCACCUGCAGGUCUCAUGUGGCCACCAUGUCUGUUACAUUCAGGAUGCAGGUACAUCAGUCUCGUGGUAGAGCAUGUGCUGAAAUAAACAUCAGCUGGAUAUAGCGAUCGACCAAUCACAGGCCUAGCAGCAUGAUUCAUAUUUUAGGGUACAAAGGUACCAUUAUGUAUGCAUAUAUUGGGUUGACUGGUUUGUAGUGUGGAACGCAACCUAGGGUUUAUGACACUACUAUCUGGGACAUAAGGGACAGUUAACAUUGGAAAACCCCAGUUAUUUCCUGCUGAAGCUGUUUACCUUGACUUCCGUUUGUGAGAUCUUUGUAGACUGGUACUCCUUGUUGCUGUUGACAACAUGUCCAUCUAUGGCGUCAUCAGCAGCAUGUUACCAUGGUUACCCAGGCAGCUUUCCCAUUCACAGGGUCAGUAGUAAGCAGGUUCUUGUCAGAGGCUUGAUUUGGAGGUAUUUAUGUUCGGGUAACAGCUGCAAGUUAGAAAGUAAUUUCUUCAUACAUGUAUGAAUUAUUGUCACCAUGAUUUGAAAUGUUGAGGUGAGUUCCUUCUUAUGAUGCUGUCUGCAGGGACCCUGUGCUCUAAUGCUCUGUGACAUAAGCCUUCAGGUCUACAAGGACCCUGUAUUCUAAUGAUCUGUGACAUAAGCCUACAGGUCUGCAGGGACCUUGUGUUCAAAUGCUCUAUGACAUAAGCCUGCAUGUCUGCAGAGACCUUGUGAUUUAAUGCUCUGUGACAUAAGCCUGCAGGUCUGCAGGGACCUUGUGUUCUAAUGCUUGGUGACAUAAGCCUGCAGGUCUGCAGGGACCCUGUAUUCUAAUGCUCUGUGACAUAAGCCUUCAGGUCUACAAGGACCUUGUGUUCUAAUGAUCUGUGACAUAAGCCUACAGGUCUGCAGGGACCUUGUGUUCAAAUGCUCUAUGACAUAAGCCUGCAUGUCUGCAGAGACCUUGUGAUUUAAUGCUCUGUGACAUAAGCCUGCAGGUCUGCAGGGACCUUGUGUUCUAAUGCUUGGUGACAUAAGCCUGCAGGUCUGCAGGGACCCUGUAUUCUAAUGCUCUGUGACAUAAGCCUGCAGGUCUGCAGGGACCUUGUGUUCUAAUGCUUGGUGACAUAAGCCUGCAGGUCUGCAGGGACCCUGUAUUCUAAUGCUCUGUGACAUAAGCCUUCAGGUCUACAAGGACCUUGUGUUCUAAUGAUCUGUGACAUAAGCCUACAGGUCUGCAGGGACCUUGUGUUCAAAUGCUCUAUGACAUAAGCCUGCAUGUCUGCAGAGACCUUGUGAUUUAAUGCUCUGUGACAUAAGCCUGCAGGUCUGCAGGGACCUUGUGUUCUAAUGCUUGGUGACAUAAGCCUGCAGGUCUGCAGGGACCCUGUAUUCUAAUGCUCUGUGACAUAAGCCUUCAGGUCUACAAGGACCUUGUGUUCUAAUGAUCUGUGACAUAAGCCUACAGGUCUGCAGGGACCUUGUGUUCAAAUGCUCUAUGACAUAAGCCUGCAUGUCUGCAGAGACCUUGUGAUUUAAUGCUCUGUGACAAAAGCCUGCAGGUCUGCAGGGACCUUGUGUUCUAAUGCUUGGUGACAUAAGCCUGCAGGUCUGCAGGGACCCUGUAUUCUAAUGCUCUGUGACAUAAGCCUGCAGGUCUGCAGGGACCUUGUGUUCUAAUGCUUGGUGACAUAAGCCUGCAGGUCUGCAGGGACCCUGUAUUCUAAUGCUCUGUGACAUAAGCCUUCAGGUCUACAAGGACCUUGUGUUCUAAUGAUCUGUGACAUAAGCCUACAGGUCUGCAGGGUUCUUGUGUUCAAAUGCUCUAUGACAUAAGCCUGCAUGUCUGCAGAGACCUUGUGAUUUAAUGCUCUGUGACAUAAGCCUGCAGGUCUGCAGGGACCUUGUGUUCUAAUGCUUGGUGACAUAAGCCUGCAGGUCUGCAGGGACCCUGUAUUCUAAUGCUCUGUGACAUAAGCCUGCAGGUCUGCAGGGACCCUGUGUUCUAGUGCUCGGUGAUAUAAGCCUUCAGGUCUACAGGGACCUUGGGUUUUAAUGCUCUGUGUUAUAACCCUACAGGUCUGCAGGGACCUUGUGUUCUUAUGCUCUAUAACAUAAGCCUGCAGGUCUGCAGGGACAGCGUUCUUAUGCUCUAUGGUAUAAGCCUGCAUGUGUGCAGGGACCUUGUGAUUUAAUGCUCUGUGACAUAAGCCUGCAGGCCUGCAGGGACCUUGUGUUCUAAUGCUUGGUGACAUAAGCCUACAGGUCAUCAGGGACCCUGUGUUCUAAUGCUUGGUGACAUAAGCCUACAGGUCAUCAGGGACCCUGUGUUCUAAUGCAUGGUGACAUAAGCCUGCAGGUCUGCAGAGACCUUGUGAUUUAAUGCUCUGUGACAUAAGCCUGCAGGUCUGCAGGGACCUUGUGAUUUAAUGCUCUGUGACAUAAGCCUGCAGGUCUGCAGGGACCUUGUGUUCUAAUGCUUGGUGACAUAAGCCUGCAGGUCUGCAGGGACCCUGUAUUCUAAUGCUCUGUGACAUAAGCCUGCAGGUCUGCAAGGACCUUGUGUUCUAAUGCUCAGUGACAUAAGCAUGCAGGUCUGCAGGGACAGCGUUCUUAUGCUCUAUGGUAUAAGCCUGCAUGUGUGCAGGGACCUUGUGAUUUAAUGCUCUGUGACAUAAGCCUGCAGGCCUGCAGGGACCUUGUGUUCUAAUGCUUGGUGACAUAAGCCUACAGGUCAUCAGGGACCCUGUGUUCUAAUGCUUGGUGACAUAAGCCUACAGGUCAUCAGGGACCCUGUGUUCUAAUGCAUGGUGACAUAAGCCUGCAGGUCUGCAGGGACCCUGUGUUCUAAUGCUUGGUGACAUAAGCCUGCAGGUCUGCAGGGACCUUGUGUUUUAAUGCUCUGUGUUAUAAGCCUGCAGGUCUGCAGGGACCCUGUGUUCUAAUGCUUGGUGACAUAAGCCUACAGUUCUGCAGGGACCCUGUGUUCUAAUGCUUGGUGACAUAAGCCUGCAGGUCUGCAGGGACCUUGUGUUUUAAUGCUCUGUGUUAUAAGCCUGCAGGUCUGCAGGGACCUUGUGUUUUAAUGCUCAGUGACAUAACCCUGCAGGUCUGCAGGGACCUUGUGUUCUAAUGCUCUGUGGUAUAAUAUAACCCUGCAGGUCUGCAGGGACCUUGUGUUUUAAUGCUCUAUGACAUAAGCCUGCAGGUCUACAGGGACCCUGUGUUCUAAUGCUCUAUGGUAUGAGCCUGGGAGAGUAAUAAAAUCAAAAGCUUGUCUUUGCUCAUACAAGAUAGGCAUGUAGGUACCCAUACAAGAAACAUCUUUUCCCAGGACAGUCCAGUACAUCAAAGGCAUGUAGGUACUCAUACAAGAUACAUCUUUCCCCUGGACAGUCCAGUACAUCAAAGGCAUGUAGGUACUCAUACAAGUUACAUCUUUCCCCUGGACAGUCCAGUACAUCAAAGGCAUGUAGGUACUCAUACAAGAUACAUCUUUCCCCUGCACGGUCCAGUACAUCAAAGGCAUGUAGGUACUCAUACAAGAUACAUCUUUCCCCUGGUUGGUCCAGUACAUCAAAGGCAUGUAGGUACUCAGGCAUGUAGGUACUCAUACAAGAUACAUCUUUCCCCUGGACAGUCAAGUACAUCAAACAUAAAUCUGUUCCCACAAUGAUAGCAUUAAGGAAGACCAAAACCCUAUUGGCAUGUCCAGUAAAUGGGGGGUGGUCAGGUAGCCUUGUGUUGGAAUAUUGCUAAAAGUGGCGUAAAACCAUACUCACUCACUCACUCACUCCAGUAAAUGGGUUUGAUGCCCACAUGAUAAACCAGCAGUUUGUCUGCCCCAGUGAUGUUGCAGAGUUCAUUGUGUAACCCCAAUCUUUCACACAUUCACUCACUUGACCAAUGGAAUCAUUUCAUAACAUCAGCACUAUUUCAUGCUUCACCUGUUUGGUUAAGCUCCUUGUAGGGCAGUAGGAGAUCAGUGUGUGGAGUUUACCAUGUACUGAUCGCCAUGUUGGUUGUUAUGAUAAUAUCAGCAUAGAUAUAUUUUAUUCAAGUUGUCUACAUGUGACUGUAUGGUGUUUCCGUGUCUGUGUGUCCCAUGUGUUGCAUGUUUCUUCUAUCAUCUUAUAAUGGUCAUGUACUGAGGAUGAAGUACUGGUAGUUGACCCUUCGCCAAUACCUUAUAAUGGUCAUUUGACAGGUUGAAGUAGUGAAGGUCGAUCUCCGGACCUUAUAAUGGUCAUUUGACAGGUUGAAGUAGUGAAGGUCGAUCUCCGGACCUUAUAAUGGUCAUUUGACAGGUUGAAGUAGUGAAGGUCGAUCUCCGGACCUUAUAAUGGUCAUGUGACAGGUUGAAGUAGUGAAGGUCGAUCUCCGGACCUUAUAAUGGUCAUGUGACAGGUUGAAGUAGUGGAGGUCGAUCUCCGAUACCUUAUAAUGGUCAUGUGACAGGUUGAAGUAGUGAAGGUCGAUCUCCGGACCUUAUAAUGGUCAUGUGACAGGAUGAAGUAGUUAGGUUGAUCUCCACUACCUUAUAAUGGUCAUGUGACAGGUUGAAGUAGUGGAGGUCGACAUCCGAUACCUUAUAAUGGUCAUGUGACAGGUUGAAGUACUGGAGGUUGAUCUCCAAUACCUUAUAAUGGUCAUGUGACAGGUUGAAGUAGUGGAGGUCGACAUCCGAUACCUUAUAAUGGUCAUGUGACAGGUUGAAGUAGUGGAGGUCGACAUCCGGUACCUUAUAAUGGUCAUGUGACAGGAUGAAGUAGUUAGGUUGAUCUCCACUACCUUAUAAUGGUCAUGUGACAGGUUGAAGUAGUGGAGGUCGACAUCCGAUACCUUAUAAUGGUCAUGUGACAGGUUGAAGUAGUGGAGGUCGAUCUCCGAUACCUUAUAAUGGUCAUGUGACAGGUUGAAGUAGUGGAGGUCGACAUCCGAUACCUUAUAAUGGUCAUGUGACAGGUUGAAGUAGUGGAGGUCGAUCUCCGAUACCUUAUAAUGGUCAUGUGACAGGUUGAAGUAGUGGAGGUCGAUCUCCGAUACCUUAUAAUGGUCAUGUGACAGGUUGAAGUAGUGGAGGUUGAUCUCCGAUACCUCAUAAUGGUCAUGUGCCAGGUUGAAGUAGUGGAGGUCGAUCUCUGAUACCUUAUAAUGUCAUGUGACAGGUUGAAGUAGUGGAGGUCGAUCUCUGAUACCUUAUAAUGGUCAUGUGACAGGAUGAAGUGCUGUUCAAGCAUCACCCACCCCCCUCAAGAUAACUAGAGACCAGUGUGAGACAAUAUUCUCAUGUGGAAUGUGGUUUAAGAAAGACUAUAUAUAGUUUACACCCCCUGUGUGAUGGAGUCCUGAUAUGGAGGUCUACCUGUGAGAUUACACAAGCUGGAUAAUGGCACAGUCUUCCAUAGAUUGUGUGGCCAGUUGUUGUCAUAUGAAGCGUCAUGUCUGGCCUAGUGAACAGUAGGGACUUGCUUCAGGUUAUGUCUUUGUUAGUUGUUUCAACGUGCCCGAUGUUGCUGCUGCUACUACAUGUGUUUCUGUUGUAUGACACGAGAAGGUCACACCAACUCUUUAAUAUUAUUUCACAGAAAAGCCUUCCCUAAUUUAGACAAAUAAAAAAGAUUUUAUUAAUCUAAAACAAUUUCUUUUGUAUUAAAAGAAUAAUAGCAGAUCUUUUUGUUUGUAUUUCUGUUAUUAUUUUAUUUCAAAAGAGUUGUGGGAAAUUAAAAAUAAAUCAACUCUGACAACAUAUUUGUUAUUUUGCGGACUUCAUGUUUGAUUACUGGAAAUAGAUCUUUCCAAGUGAGACAGUUGGUGUGCCCUAGGUGAGCUAACAUUCUCGUAUACUAACUGUCGCAAUCACUGAACCGUCUUUGUCAUGCUAUGUAUCGCUGUGAUAAUACAUCUGGUCAUAAUGGAACGUGGACAUUACUACGUGUAGGAGAUGCCCUGUGGGUUGCUGCUUCAUUUCCUAUUGAGAUAUACUGCAUCAUUCUUUGUCCAUGUGAAGAUUGGGAAACAUGGUAUAGGUCAUAUUGAUCAUAGAGCUCACAGGCAUUAUUAUUACCCUUGUCAAUGGAUCCGAGUGCUCUUGAUUCUCAGCUCCCUUGGGAGUAUACAACCCUAGCUGCCUGUGAGGCGCGAGAAGGUUAACCGUCAUAUUACCAUAUCAUUCUACUGGUAGAAAUGUGUGUUAUUCACAUGCUCCAUAAACUGAACUGCAUCUUGUCCCAAGAACUUUCAUUGACAAUGUGUAUUAUGCUAAUUCUUGGUACAGUUGGACAAUGUACGCUUAUUAAGAUCAUUUUUUAGUCGAAAAAUGUUUUAGCGGAACUCUUUGAAAAGGGUCAUUUUUCAUGUUUUAUAUUUUGCAAACUUUGCUUUGUUGAACAAGAACUUCCUGGGUGAGAGGUCAGGAGCUGACGGAGAUGCAGGGAAGCACCGAGCUUCACUUUGUAGACCAUGGUAGACAUCCAAUCAUUGUUGUAGUUAUUCAUGAUGAUUCUAAGUGGACACAACAGCCAUCAGUUGGUAGGAAUUCAUUGUUAAACACUGAGCAUUAAAUCAUUGAUCAAAGGCAUUAAACAUCCAAGGGUAAUCAACGUGCAUCCUAUCAUUAUUCCUUGGGGCCGUCCAAAACAUGUUGAGUACAAGACAAGGGGAUAUGAUUGUUCGUAUAAAGUUGUUUUGAGUAAGAAAUGGGGAAGUGGCUCGGUCCUCGAAGGUGUUCUGUAGGGUUACCUCCCUUAGGCUGCUGGAAAUGUACCGCGAUCUGUUCAUGGGGACAUGGGUGGCCCAGUGGAACAGGUUGUUGCUGUUCGACCAUGCAUUGUUGUGUCCCUUAGUUUAGUUUUUUAAACCUGAUGCAAAUAUAUUUUUUCCAGGUAUUUUGGGAGGACAUUUUUUUUUCUUAGUCAGGUGGAUCCCUAGAACCAUCGGUCAGAAACAGUUUUCUGGUGUGAGUGAAACAUGUUUGACAGGAAAGUAUCAUGAAACCCAUAACCUAAUUCCCUCUGGCUGGAACUCCAGAAUACUAUUACCCCUACAACUGUUUUGAUACUCUGCUAAUGUUUACUAUCGACUUUUGACCUUUGUAGUUCAAGAUUCGUUUUUUUUAAAGGGGCUCUUGAUAUUGCAAUUUCAAAAGAAACGUGUGAUUAUAUUUUAUUGAAGUUUUGUGGUCGGCAAAUUGUGGGUAUUUGUGUAUUUUAUUUUGAAAUGGAUAUACAAGUCCUUUAUGAAAACCAUCCCUGUAUUUAUAUGUUUAUCUGUGUUUGUUUUUAUUUGUGUAAGGUUAAUCUUGUGGUGCUGCAUCUGUGUGGCUGGUAUGAUCAUUAGUAUUCCUUACAGUGUCAGUGUGUCCUACCAGUUGUCCACAUUGUCUCUGAUUAGGCAGGUUCUUGCAAAAACAUCUAAAAAUAUUCACUUACAUAAUCAUGAUAAUAGCAGCUGGAAGAUUACAAGUAGUUACUGAAAUAUUUCAAGUCUCAUCUAACUGUGAUGACUUCAGCUCUUGUCCAAGAAAAGAUGUUUCCUUUUUCAGCCAGUGUCAAGAUAUUUCCAGUAACCAUGGCAACACCACAUUUGCCGGUCCUAUUUUUGUAGAGAUUUACACCACUUCUCUGUGUUUCUGGAAUGAACUUUUAUCACAGGAAAUGUGAAGAUGGAGACACCAAGAUUCUGUAAUAUAAACAAUUCGCCAUCAUCAUGUCUGUUUUUACAGGAACCUUCUUCAAAACAUUGAUCAUGAUCAUUUGUAGUGAUGUUCAAGUAAUAAAUUGAUAUACAA